AGGGCACCCAACGUUUAAAACUUCCCCAUACAGGGCUGCCUUCAGACGUCUUCUAAAAACCAGAGCGUUGUUUUAUUUCCUUGAACAUCCGCCUUUCCUCCUAGUCCCUGGCAGCUGGAGGCACCUUUCGGGCAGGACUGCGACCCGAGGGACAUCCUUUUGGGAGCAUCCCUCUCCUCCCGUCCAGCCUGGAACAGCUCCGUCGGUUGGAACGCGGCGCGGGGGCCGCCGAGCCGGCAGGUUCGAUCCCCGUCGGGGGCAGCUGCGUCUCCCUGCCCCGCGGCAGGGGGUUGGACUAGAUGUCCUUCCCGCCUCCCUCCCUCUGCUCCCUCCCUUCCAGCGGGAGGAGCCUCCGCCUGUCAGCCUCGCCUUGUGACCGGAAGGGCCGCGGCGCCGCCGCCGCCGCCGCCGCCCCCGGAGGGAGAGACUCAGCUGCCGCUGGCUUCGCCACCGCGGCGGCGGGAGAGCCGCGGAGCAGCGCCGGCGGGGCCUGGAAGGAGGAGCGGGCUUGGCUCGCAGCGGAGGCCUCGGCUCGGACGGUCAACAGGGGCUGGGUAAAAAAAGACGCCACGCCCGCGCCUUCCUCGCCCCCCUCCUCCUUCCCGGCACCUUCCAGGGUCUCCCCGCCUCUGCCUCGGUCCGGCAGCCUUUGCUGGCAGGGGGUCAACCCCGCGCCCGCCCCGGGGUGGGCGUGGUGCCCUUGGGCGCUGGGGGCGUCGCUGCUGCUGCUGCUAGCCCAAGACUGCUCGCCUGGCCUGCUGCGUUGCUUGAUACAAAGCGCAGUUUCCCUUUCCGUAUCUGGGAGGGUUAGUAAGUACUACUCGUGUGUAGCAAGUGGACGGGUUUUUAAAACUGGGGUGGGGGGUAAAGGAAGGAGGGGGGAGGCUGGUGGUGGUGGGCUGGGCUGGGUUGCAGCAGCCAGAGCUCCUCCCUGCAUCUUGGUAAGAAUGGUGCAGAGACACCAUCUAAGCACCAUUAAGCUCAUGUAUAUUAUAUACAGCGUUUAGAAGGCAGCCCUGUAUAGGGAAGUUUGUUAAAUGUUUUAAAUACGUUUGAUGCCCUGUUGUGUUUUCAUUGGUUGGAAACCGACCAGUAUAUAUAUAUUUAUAUAGGCUUGAUAAACUUUACGCAAUUUACACAAAUUUCUUAGCAAUUCAGCUUCCCAUUCUUACAUUCUUGGCAGCAGAAUAAGAACUGUGCAUAAGGCAGCAGGUAAUUGCAGCUGGUGGAGGAAAUCCCCGCCCCCUGCAAUUACCUGCUGCCUUAUGCACAGUACUUAUUCUGUUGCACGUUUCUUUCUUUACUUCGUUCUUACUAUCUUCCCAUUGCUUAUACUUCAAGGUUUAGUCAUGCUGGCCACAUGACCUGGAAUGCUGUCUGUGGACAAAUGCCGGCUCCCUCGGCCUGAAAAGUGAGAUGAGUGCCGCAACCCCAUAGUCACCUUUGACUGGACUUAACCGUCCAGGGGUCCUUUACCUUUACCUUACUUCAAGGCUCUCUCUGUGUGUUUGUUUACCAGCGAGGCUUUCGGCUAACCAGUUCUCACUAGGUAUAGGGGCUGGGCUGGGCUGGGCUGGGCUGGGCUGAUCGCCUCUGUGCAGUUUCAAAAAGUAAUGACGGCCAUAUUCCGUGCCUAAAGAAAGAAAAGGUCAAGAACUGACCCGGCCUCCACACACAAGCUGCUUCUUCCUGACUCCCUUGGAGCAGGGACAGAAUGGCAGUAGAAAAAACGCUGGUUGCAGGCAAGUUUCAUGGAAGUCACACUGUCCCCAGAAGUUAGUUGAGCAGUUCCACACUCUUCGUAAGCAGUGGUGUUAGAAAGCCUUACAACAUCACCUGCUGGGGUUCUGUGGUGUGUCAUGUUGUUGAUGUCUUAAUAGAGCGGACACAGGUAAUCUGUAUAAAAGGAAGGUGCCGUAGAGUCAUUCUGGUUAUCAAAAUCCAGGGAGGAAGCACGGGUGUGUUGCAUUUCACAAUUGCAGGUGGACUACUGUGUCAUCCGUGUGUUGCAAUAUUCAGUUGUGGAUUGGCGUGGCUGAGUCUGCUGUUGUUGUAUUUAUUCUAUGAACUCCUCGGCACUCGAGAGCACAUUAGUCAGCCCAGAAUACUCAUCAUUGUCAUUUAUUAGAUUUGUGUGUCGCCUACUCAACAGCCUCUAUGUGUCUUGAAAAUAUGCAAAACAAGGAAUCCAAAGUUUUAAGGCAUAAUUUACGUGUAAGAAAAUGACAGUCUACAAUGAGGCCUCGCAUUAUAGAAAAAUUUUAAGUAAAUAAGUCUCCUUAUAUCAGUAGAAUUGAGAAAAAGGUGAGAAAUGAUAUCACAUGAAAACUAUUAUUGUUAUACAGUGGUACCUCGGGUUAAGUACUUAAUUCGUUCCGGAGGUCCAUUCUUAACCUGAAACUGUUCUUAACCUGAAGCACCACUUUAGCUAAUGGGGCCUCCUGCUGCCGCCGCGCUGCCGGAGCACAAUUUCUGUUCUCAUCCUGAAGCAAAGUUCUUAACCCGAGGUACUAUUUCUGGGUUAGCAGAGUCUGUAACCUGAAGCGUAUGUAACUUGAAGUGUAUGUAACCUGAGGUACCGCUGUACCUUGUAUACCUCUGUUGUUAUCGCCACGCUUAAUACACGGUUAAAUAGCUACAACGUGCAAUGGGAUGAAAACUGGCAAUUGCUCAGCAAAACAUCGGGUGAAAAGAGCAAUGUUGGAGGAGAAAAAAGUCCUGCCUAGUGACUAGUCUUUCACCCUUUUCCCCACAGUGGCCUACAAGAUGCUCCUAGCAAGCCCAGAGGCAAGAUGGCAACCGGUGUCCUCAGCAAAUGAAACUGAGGCACGCGCCUCUUAAAGCCACUGCUUGUAUCAGAGGUGGGGAACCUUUUUUCAGCCUGAGGGCUGCAUUGUUUCUUGGGCAGCCUUGUGGGGGGGGGCGUGUCUCGUGCCAGUGGUAGGCAGGUCCACAGGCAGAAGCAGGUGGAGCAACAGGUUAAAUUCCAGCUACACACAAAAGCCAGAGUGUCUACACCAAUACAUCUCUCCAUUUCCCAUCGAAGCAACGUGCCUGCACAUAUCUCCAUAUAGGAAAGUGAAAGGCAGUUCGAGGGCUUUUUCCAGCCACGCAAAAGCAUUCAGUAAGAGGGUCAAUGGAGGGGCAUGGCUUGGAUAUAAAGGAGAGUCCCCUGGGCCUGAGGUUCCCCACACUUCUCUUACACCCACCUUUUCCUCCAUGGAACUCAAAGUGGCUUCCAUGAUUCUCCCCCCUCCUCAUGUAAUCCCCACCACAGCCCUGCAAGGUAGGCUGGGCGGAGAGGCAGUGCCUGGCCUAAGGCCACCCGUUGAGCUUCAUGGCUGAGUGGAGAAUCGAACCCUAGUCUCCUAGGCCCUAGUCCAACACUCUAACCACUGCAAUAUGUGUGGCAGAAGGAGAAGAUGCUGCAGGUGUUUUGAUGUCAGAUUACACGCCGCACAUUCUCUGCUGAGCCACAGGGAGUGAGCACUUAAUUCCAAAAGUAUUCCCAACCCUAAUGACGGCUUUAGGAAGUCGGAAAAUUGGAUAGCGGCACUAUUUAGGAUACAAAAAAUUGGGAAGAUCUCGAAGCCGUCUUGCUUUCUUGAAAGGUUUUGAGGGUAUACUCAGUUUUAUGUCAGGAUUAAAGUGAAAGUGACUCCCUCGCAGCUGUGUGUACAGGUAAUGUGAAUACAGUAUUUCUGCAGCUGUAAAAGGAGAGGGGGGAAGCCACGGCUGUGCGGGAACACGGUCUCAGGGCACAGGCAGCCAUAUUGCAGUGUCUGGAUGGGGGAAUGCCAGGGGACGCCGUGUGUGCUGCUUUGGAAAAAAGAAAGCAACAAAAGUGUGCUAAAUCAAAGAGAAGUGCAUUACAUACAUCAUCCUAAAGCAGGGGUUCCCAAACUGGUCUGUGGACGACCAGUACCUGUGAGCUACAUUCAGGUGGUUAUUUCAUAUAUUAUAUUUUAUUGUACAGUAGACCCACAACUUAUGCACAUUUAACUUGUGUGCAUUUAGCUUUACGUGCUAAUAAUAAUAAUAUUUUUUAAGGGGAUGAGUGUGUGUGGAGGGGACUUUGGCAAUACCACCCACCAUUGCACCCGGUGUGUUUUGACUAUAUGCAAUUGUCAGGGAACUGCCAUCGGUAGGAAGGGAGGUGAAAGGACUCAGACAGGUUGGAAGAGACUUAGCAGCUGAAGAGGAAACCAGCAGGGGGAGAGAAGCUGAACUGAGGGAGGUGAAAGGGCUCAGACAGGUUGGAAGAGACUUAGCAGCUGAAGAGGAAACCAGCCGCGGGAGAGAAGCUGAACUGAGGGAAAGGGAGCUGGGGGAUGGCUCAGAGAUACUUCCAGCGAAAACAGUGGUGAGGUUUCCGGACCUCCUGUAGCGACACCCACUCCUCGCCGGAAACUGUCACGCAGAGAGUCCAGAAGACGUGUUUCCGUUAAGGAGCUUUUAUGUUGGAAGCGAUUACGAAAGCAACCACUGUCGGAAUCUUCUAGUGACUAAGAGGAGCCAUGUCAGAGGGGCUCAGUCACAGACAGAGGUUUGUGGACUUGAACAAACUCUGAGGGAAUACGAUUUUACGCACAAGCAGCUCAUAAUCCCAUCACAGCAUUCCGACAGUCUUUGAACGCAGCUUGUGCAGGAGACGGCAUAAUAAUGAGCAACCCAGCAGGAACCGGAGAAGCAGGGGCUGGAGCGGGUCCAAGCCUGGAAGAAAGGUACCGAGUGUUGGAGGUCCAGCUGGCGCUGCAGACGGCGAGGCUGGAGGAGAGGAGGGCUCAAGAUGCAGACAAAGGGAGAAAGCCACCCAGCUCGCCAGAAAGGUACCAGGAUUGGUGCAAAAAUUUGGGGGGGAGCCCAAAGACUAUCAUAGCUUUCGGACAGAAAUGCAAUAUGCCCUCAAUCUGCAGUUUGAUGAUUUCCCUGAUGAGGAAUCACGAGUGGCUUUUGUGAUUGGGCAUCUUGAAAGGGGGCGAGAGACUGGGUUAGACCCCUGAUGGCAGCGAAUAGUGACGUCUUAAAAGACACGAUGAAGUUCUUUCGCGCCAUGGAUCUGAUGUUUUCCAGCGAUAUUGAAAAGGGAGUGGUGCGCAGACAGUUAAUGGCUUGCAAACAGGGGAGCCGAUCUGUACGUGAGUACUGGACUGAGUUCACCAUGCUGAUACACAGAUUGGGGUGGGACUUAUCGGCGGAACCCAUUCAAAUGCUCUUUGAAGAAGGGCUUUCUUCGGCUGUGAAAGAUGAACUUUCCCGGGCGCCCAGGGCGGAGUCUAUGGACCAGCUGACCAAAUCAGCGCUGGCCAUAGGAGCGCGCCAGGAGGCGAGAGCAUUGGAGAGGCGGGAAGGGAAAGGGGAACGUUGGAAGGAGUUCCGCAUUCCAGACAUUCCAGAGCCAACUGUCCCGCCGGCAGAGCCGAUGGAAAUCGGAACAGCGCGCGCGCGCAGUUUCAAAGCCCAGUGAGGGGGAAAGAAGGAUGGAAAAGGCGCCCGGAAAUGCUAUCUCUGCCAACAGCCAGGGCACUUUGCCAGAGUCUGCCCCCAGAGGAAGGAAUGGCAAGGGAUGGUGGGAGCUGUGGAGGGAAGAGAGGAAAAAUACCGGAGCAACUAAAAGCCAACGCCUGGCUGCCAUUGUCGGGGCACAGCAGCCAGGCCAAAGAGCAGUGAAAGUGCCCACUCCAGAACCUCCUAAACCCGCCCUAGUGAUAGAAGUGACACUAGAGCUCCCAAACGGACACCCUCUAAAGAUAAAGGCGCUGUUGGACUCAGGCAGCUCCUGCAAUUUCAUGAGCAAAGAGUUUGCAGCUGAACACCAGAUACAGACGCUCCCUUUAAGCAACCCCCUGCAGGUAACCACGAUCGAUGGCAGGGAGCUGUUGGGAGGAGAAGUCAGCUUGCAGACCGUCCCAAUGAUAAUGAAGGUGGCAAGGCACACUGAACUGAUAGCUUUUAAUGUGGCCACCUUGGGAGGAGCUCCCAUUAUAUUGGGGAUGAGCUGGCUAGCGUUACAUGAUCCGCUGGUGGGCUGGCAUCAGAGAGUGGUUUCUUUUGGGUCAGCACAUUGCUUAGAACAUUGCAAAGAGGGAAAGGUUUUGGCAGGGGCCCAAGCCACCCUAGCAGGGACUGAAGUGAAGGAGAACGUGAAGGUACCACGACAAUACGCAGAUCUCCGCGACGUCUUCAGCGAAAGGGAAGCUGACCAACUACCACCGCAUAGAGCCUUUGACUGUCAAAUCAAUUUGCUCCCUGGGGCACAGCUCCCUGUGGGCAAGCUGUACGCCAUGUCAGACAGAGAGAUGCAGGAGCUAAGAGAGUUCAUUGACAAGAACCUGAAGAGAGGGUUCAUCAGAGAGUCCAGGGCGGUGGGGGCAGCCCAGUGUUUUUGUGGACAAAAAACACGAACAAGCCGAGACUGGUGUGUGACUUCAGGGCCUUAAAUGCAGUGUCAGAACCAGUGGCCUUCCCGAUGCCCAGGAUUGACGACAUUUUGACAAGGGUGCGAAAGGGAAAGAUUUUCACCAAGCUGGAUCUAAGGGGGCGUACAACCUGAUACGAAUAAGGAAGGGGGAUGAAUGGAAAACCACCAUGUUCACCCCUUUAGGGGCAUUUGAAUACUUAGUUAUGCCCUUCGGUCUACAAGCAGGCUCCGCAACAUUUCAAUCGUUUAUGAACCACGUCCUGGGGCCGUUGCUUUACAAGAAUUGUGUGGCCUUCUUAGACGACGUGUUGGUGUAUUCUGAGAAUGAGGAGCAGCAUGUGAGAGACGUCAGAGAAGUGUUGAGCAGGCUGCAAGCCAACCAGCUGUGGGUGAAACUGGAGAAGUGUCAGUUUCAUACCAAGGAGGUGGAAUUCCUGGGGUAUCGCCUGUCUGACAAGGGGUUGGCCAUGGAUCCCGGCAAGGUCCAGGCGGUACUGGAAUGGAAAACACCCAAAACAAGGAAGGAUGUGCAGAGGUUUUUAGGGUUUGGGAACUUCUAUCGUAAGUUCAUCCCAAACUUUGCCCACCUGACGGCGCCCAUUACGGACUGUCUCAGCAGUAAGAAGAAGUUCGUUUGGACGGAGGAGGCGGAGCAAGCAUUUGAGGAACUAAAAAGGGCCUUCGCCUCGGAACAACAGCUCCUGCAUGUGGAUUUACAAAACCGAUGAGAGUGGAAACUGACGCAUCAGACAGAGCGGUUGGGGCGGUGCUUCUCCAGCCCGGGAAGGAGGAGUCAGAGAGGAGCCCGGGAGCUUGUUAUGCGCGAAAGCUGAACAAAUCCGAGAGGAACUACACGGUGUAUGACCGAGAACUACUAGCCAUUCAUGAGGCGUUCCGGAGGUGGAGGCACCUGCUAAUUGGCGCACAACAUAAGGUGCAAGUGUGCACUGACCACAAGAACCUAGAGUAUUGGAGGACGGCACGAGUGCUCAACCAACGGCAAGUGAGAUGGGCUCAGGAAUUCUCCAAAUUUAACUUUGAGAUUUGUUACGUGCCUGGCCCAGAGAAUAUUAGGGCGGACGCUCUCUCACGCAAACCUGAAUAUUUGGAGGGGAGGGAGCACCCGAAGAGAGACAUGUCAUUCCAGAGGACCGCUGGGUGUGUGGGGCGGCAUUGGUGGGACAAAGAGAACUGGUAGAAGAAACAGAGAAUGAUGAAUACGCCCAGAAUAAGCUUAGAGGUCUUAGGGAUGAGGGAGAGGAAUCAAGGGGUUUCGAGGAAAGAAAUGGAGCUUUGUGUUACAAAGGGGCACUGUAUAUCCCUGAAGGAGACUUAAGGGGAGGGUACUCAAGCAGUUGCAUGACAGCCCCACGGCGGGCAUUUUGGGCAACACAAAACCAUGUGGUUGGUCACCAGGGAAUUUUGGUGGCCUAAGGUGAGGGAGGAUGUACGUGAGUAUGUAAGAGGGUGCGAGCAGUGCCAGCGAGCCAAAGGGGAAAGGCGGGCGCCGGCGGGGCUAUUAGAACCCUUACCAACACCAGAACGACCUUGGGAGGCAGUGUCGAUAGAUUUUAUGACUGAUCUGCCGAAGUCCAAAGGGAAAACAGCCAUCAUGGUGGUGGUAGACCUACUAACAAAGAUGUGCCACUUUGUAGCUUGCUCGCAUGCAGUCACGGCGGAAGAGACAGCGAAGUUAUUUGUAGAACACAUUUUUAGGUUGCACGGGGUGCCAUUGAGGGUGGUCUCAGACCGAGGAAAACAAUUUACUUCCAGGUUCUGGAGGAAGCUCAUGAGCUUACUGCAGGUGGAGGUCAACUUUUCGACUGCCCGGCACCCUGAAACCAACGGGCAGGCGGAAAGAGCAAACGGUGUCCUCCAGCAAUACCUGAGGUGUUAUGUCAAUGACAGAGAGAAUGACUGGGUAGAAAAGUUGGCGCUGGCGGAAUUUGCCUACAACAAUGCCGAGAAUGUGUCCACAGGGAUGAGCCCCUUCUUGGCUAAUUAUGGGUGUCAUCCCAGGGCUUUCCCAGGGGAGAAGGGGAGAGAUGGAGCGUACCGGCAGCCGAGCAUUUUGUAGAAGAAAUGGAAGCAAUCCACCGUCAGCUCCAACUCAACUUAGAAAGGGCGAAGGAAGAAUACAAGAGGCAGGCAGACAAGAACCGAAGGGAAGGUGAAACCAUAAGGGUUGGAGAGAGGGUGUGGCUGUCAACCCGAGGGUUGCCGUUCAAAGGAGGUUGUAAGAAAUUAAGACCCAGGAGGUUGGGUCCCUUUGAGGUCAUUCAACAGGUCAACCCAGUGGCUUUCAGGCUCCGGUUACCCAACCACAUGAAACUGCACCCAGUAUUUCACAGGUCGUUACUGUCACCGUACGAGGGGGGACGAGAAGGGAUGGCCACUCGGGGACCGGUCAUAGAAGAAAGAGAAUGCAGCAGCCAUGUGGCAGAAAUCCUCGACGCCAGGUGGAAGGGGGAUCAGGUGGAGUAUUUGGUAGCGUGGGAAGGAGAACCGGAGUCAGAAAACACGUGGGUAAUGGCCAAAGAUAUCAAUGACGAGGUAUUGAUAGAAAUGUUCCAUCAAAGGUUCCCGCGGAAACCUCAGCCUGUGGAGAGGUUCCGGAGGGAAUACUUUGGGACCACUGAGGAGGAGGAGGAGUUGGAAGGAUUCCCAGAAUCGGAAGGGGAAGGGGAGAUGGACUCGGAGGAGGAGGAGUGCUUCGAGACCAGGAACCGCAACAGGUGGAGAGAAGUGUUCGAGACAUCGGAAGAUGAAGGAAGUUCAUUCCGGGGUUUUGCCUCCUCACCGCCCGUAGAGGAGGGGGCGAGAGGGGGUGAAGGGGGCCCUGGAGGGGAGGUGGAUGUCAGGGAACUGCCAUCGGUAGGAAGGGAGGUGAAAGGACUCAGACAGGUUGGAAGAGACUUAGCAGCUGAAGAGGAAACCAGCAGGGGAGAGAAGCUGAACUGAGGGAGGUGAAAGGGCUCAGACAGGUUGGAAGAGACUUAGCAGCUGAAGAGGAAACCAGCAGGGGAGAGAAGCUGAACUGAGGGAAAGGGAGCUGGGGGAUGGCUCAGAGAUACUUCCAGCGAAAACAGUGGUGAGGUUUCCGGACCUCCUGUAGCGACACCCACUCCUCGCCGGAAACUGUCACGCAGAGAGUCCAGAAGACGUGUUUCCGUUAAGGAGCUUUUAUGUUGGAAGCGAUUACGAAAGCAACCACUGUCGGAAUCUUCUAGUGACUAAGAGGAGCCAUGUCAGAGGGGCUCAGUCACAGACAGAGGUUUGUGGACUUGAACAAACUCUGAGGGAAUACGAUUUUACGCACAAGCAGCUCAUAAUCCCAUCACAGCAAUGAUGGCUUUAUGCGCUGUUCCUGGAACAUAACCCCCAAGUAAGUUGUGAGUCUGCUGUAUUACAAUUUGAAUUCUAUGGAAUUCCAGAUCCAAGAAUUAAAAAGCAGUGGAAACAAUUAAAAAAUCAUAUAGCAUCUAGCAUAGCACAGCACAUUACAGUUGCUGCAACAGGCAGAAAAAUCAUUAGGUGCUCUGACAAGACUCUUAACAGUUUUUAAAGUGGUCCGUGGUGAAAAAGGUUUCUUGGACAAACAUACAUGCAACCUGUAUGUCCAGUAAACCAAGGGAGGUGCUUUUCUUCUUCCUGCUUCUGCCUGGAGCUGAUAAAGUUAUAGACUGCAGAUUUUGAGCUGAUCUGCGCCAGUCUGCUUGCCUUAUAUUAGCUUCAGGCUAGCCAUGUACAGAGACAAGUUAACAGAUGUACCAUUUCUAGUGUCGCGUCGGAAAAGGCACCUGUUUACAGACGCUGUUAACAAACUGAAGGUCUGGGUUGAUUCCCUUUAAACGUUCUGUUUGUUCUCCCUGCUGCUUGGGUGUGGAUAAAAAUAAGCCUCUCUUCUCCUUUUCCGCAGCAGGCCAUCUGGAAAGCGCGAUGAGUGUCAAGGCCUUCAGGCUUGUCCCCGCGGUUGAGCGGGACUUGCUGAUGGGCGACAAAGCUCGGAUCAACAUCGAAUGCAUCGAGUGCUGCGGGAAGAACCUAUAUAUCGGAACCAAUGACUGUUCCAUCUACUACUUCCUGCUGGAAGAAAAGAACUCGCCAGCUGAGAAAACGUCCUUUUCCGUCUCCAAACAGCUGCACAAAUACCUGAGUUUUCGGAAGCCCGUGGGGGAGCUGAAAGCUGCUUCGGCGCUCAAUCGGCUCCUGGUGCUUUGCGACAACACCAUAACACUGAUGAACAUGAUGAACUUGGAGCCCAUCCCCACGGGGGCCAGGAUCAAGGGAGCUACGAUGUUCACGUUGAACGAGAACCCCAUGAGCGGGGAUCCUUUCUGCGUUGAGGUUUGUAUCGUUUCGGUCAAGCGCAGGACCAUCCAGCUCUUCUUGGUCUAUGAGGACCGCGUUCAGAUUGUGAAGGAGCUUCUCACCCCGGAGCAGCCUUGUGCCGUGGCUAUAGACGGCCACUAUUUAUGCCUCGCUCUCACCACCCAGUACAUUAUUCUGAACUACGACACUGGCGUUUCCCAGGACCUCUUUCCUUACUCUAGCGAAGAGAGACGGCCCAUUGUGAAAAGAGUAGGCAGGCAAGAAUUCCUGUUGGCGGGACCCGGAGGAUUAGGUAAGGUCGCAAUGUUCUCUGCUUCCUGUUGAAAGGAUUUGGGGUCUGCGCUUAGAAAGGGUUUGGUCCUCCCAUGAUAUGUCAAAUCUUGAUCCAGUUGAAUUUGUUCCUUGGUGCUAUGCUAUCCGAUCGUACCAAUACCUAAUUUCUGUGCAACGAGCUGUGAUUUCACAGCAGGAGAGCAUGCAGACGACAAAAGAAAUAAGGAAAUAAAAAGCAAAAGUUGACAUACUGUUGUGGACACCGGGCUGGAGUGCUGCAUUUAAAGAUGCCCAUAAAAUGCUUAUGACAGUUGUGCAGGCACAUCCCAGGCAACAGUUGUAAUAGGAAUGAAUGCACUGAACUGGCAGGGUAAAAGGCUGCAUCCCACCAGGGCUCUAUUUUUUAACUUGAGAAAACGCUAUAAAAUCACAGUCCGGAGGGAGAUGUGCUGCAUAUUGUACUAAAAGCCAAUUGUGUGGAAAGGUCCCAAGACUCUAGCAACUGCUGAUAAAUCUUGUUUUGUUUUUUAAAAAGUAGCAUAUUGGAAAACACGAAUGAGUAGUCUGAUCUUGGAAAUUCAUUCUUCCUUACUGCCUGAUCCUAAUCAGUGCUAGGCAUGCUUGAGCCCAUUGAAAUCAAUGAGAUUGGGUUUGCUUUGCUCACUGUAGGAUCAGGCUGUUAGUGGCAUUCCACUAAAAUUGGAUUCUCAUGUUUUUUGGCAUUUUGGCCAUGUCACUUUCUUGACUCGUCCAAUGCAGGGCUUGAAUCGUAAACAGAAUUGUGCCAGGACUUUCCUACUGUAAGAAACAAACGAAGUAAGUGGCGCAGGGUAACUUUGUUAAGCCAACACUGAAGUCAAUGGUGCUGCUUCAAGAUUCAAACUGCAUGCUCUGGGGGGAAUCGCAACCUCCUUGCUAAUAUUUAUUUAUUGUCCUCUUUUCUAACGCGCUUGGAUUCCUUUUGCAGGUUGUAGAAUUAAGGUUGUUUUUGUACAGCUGCUAUCCGUAAGCAUUUAUGGCUCAGCCAUAGCUCAGUAUAAGACCCCCAGCUUUGCCUGAGAUAAGGUGAAUCCUACAUGGCGUAAAUAGCUUGUUAAAGAUGAGAGUCCGCUCUUGCUUUCCUUAAUAAGUGGAGCCUUCUGUUCUUAUGGAGAGGGCAGGUGGCUAUUCGUUUCUGGAGGAAACAUCUGUGUACUAUUGUUAGGCUUGAUAGCACAUGGAGCAAUCCCUAAGUCCUAGAUCCACAGGCUGCAGGAGGCGAGGAACGGAGCAGAGGGGACUCUCCACCAGUGGGCAAGAUCUUUUUCCAGCAGAGGGGCACGUCUACUGCAGAGAACAGCACUAUAGCCGUAGAUAGUUCAGUGGGCAUGUAUCUACCACCUCACCAGAGUGGUGCAUGCUCUGGUUAUCUCCCGCUUGGACUACUGCAAUGCUCUCUAUGUGGGGCUACUUUUGAAGGUGACCCGGAAACUACAACUAAUCCAGAAUGCGGCCGCUAGACUGGUGACUGGGAGCAGCCGCCAAGAACACAUAAAACCGGUCUUGAAAGACCUACAUUGGCUCCCAGUACGUUUCCGAGCACAAUUCUAAGUGUUUGUGCUGACCUUUAAAGCCCUAAACGGCCUCGGUCCAGUAUGUCUGAAGGAGCGUCUCCACCCCCAUUGUUCUACCCGGACACUGAGGUCCAGCACCGAGGGCUUGCUGGCGAUUCCCUCAUUGCGAGAAGUGAGGUUACAGGGAACCAGGCAGAGGGCCUUCUCGGUAGUGGCACCCACCCUGUGGAACGCCCUCCCACCAGAUGUCAAAGUGAACAACAACUACCAGACUUUUAGAAGGCAUCUGAAGGCAGCCCUGUUUAGGGAAGCUUUUAAUGUUUGAUGCAUUAUUGUAUUUUAAUAUUUUGUUGGAAGCUGCCCAGAGUGGCUGGGGAAGCCCAGCCAGAUGGGCAGGGUAUAAAUAAUAAAUUAUUAUUAUUAAAUUAUUAUACCACCGAACACUAUGGGCCUUACUUUCAAACAAAUAUACUUGACUGUUAUUCCACAAGGUGUACAUUCCUUCUACUGUAUGGUGAAGGACAGAACAUCGCUGAUGACCAAACGGAAAUGUCAUGCAACGUUCUUUCUAACAGUAAAUGCAACUGAGGCACCGAACGUCUGGUUGAAAUCAGCAUCCGCACAACUGAUUCUUGCACAAUGACCGCUCACUCAUCAAAGCAGUGGGCGGGGUUUGCAACCUGGCACGGGCUUCCCCUGCCUGGGUGACACCCCCUUUGCUUGCUGGCCAUCGCUCCGCCCCCUCCCCACCUAGCCAAUCAUCUGCAGGCUGGGGGGGGGGGCGGAGUGAGAGCCAGGUAGAGCAGGCUCCAGCCGACCAUCUCUCUCAUCGGUCUUCAGAGCGUCACAGCAGUCCGCACAACUGAUUCUCGCACAACUUAUCCUUUUAUCUAUUUGUUUCUAAAACCCACUUGUGUGACGGAAUGUUCCAUACUGGUUAACACAGUUUAAAAAGGUGUAGCUGUAUCCAGAUAACUGUGUAGAAGCCGGGUGAUCAGUUGGUUGUCCGAUCAGACUUCUAACUCAUUGCUCCCUUUCUAAACCGGCAGGCAUGUUUGCAACUGUUGACGGCAUCUCCCAGCGUGCUCCUGUUCACUGGUCAGAAAACGUGGUUGGUGCUGCCCUCUGCUUUCCUUACGUAGUUGCACUGGACGAGGAGUUCAUUACGGUGCAUAGUAUGCUAGACCAGCAGCAAAAACAAACACUACCCUUUAAGGAUGGCCAUAUCCUGCAAGACUUUGAAGGUACCUAAUUGUGGGUGGGUGGGUGUGGGUGGGUGGGUGGGUGUGGGUGGGUGGUGAAAUACUUUGGGGAAGAUCUAAGUGUUUUUCUUACAGUCUUUAAAAAAACAUAAAAGGCAGGGACUGGCUCAAGAGCAAACCACUGAACUGCUUUUCUUAAGCCAAGGGUGAAGAACCUGUGGUCCUCCAAUGUUUUUGAACUCCCAACAGCCCCCAACCAGCAUGGCCAGUUGUCAAGGAUGAUGGGAGCUGUGGUCCAAUCCGCAAUCUGGUUCCCCAUCUUAGUCCUCAGCAUUUCUCACUCAAAAUAUUAAGUAUUAUAUUACUUUCCCAGGUUAUCUGUACUGCUCGGCCUACGUGUGGUGUAGUGGUUAAGAGCGGUGGACUCGUAAUCUGGUGAACCGGGUUCGCUUCCCCACUCCUCCACAUUCAGCUGCUGGGUGACCUUGGGCCUGUCACACUUCUCUGAAGUCUCUCAGCCCCACUCACCUCACAGAGUGUUUGUUGUGGGGGAGGAAGGGAAAGGAGAAUGUUAGCCGCUUUGAGACUCCUUCGGGUAGUGAUAAAGCGGGAUAUCAAAUCCAAACUCUUCUACUCUUCUUCUACGUGUAGACGCAAAACAUGCCCUAAGCAGCUAAUGAGUUGAACGGCUUUUAUUGUGUAUUCUCAGGCCUGAUCUCACUCUUAAGGAAAGGGCGUAUAAUCUGUGACUCUCUAGGUGUUGCUACGCAUCAACACCGACAUUUAGCCAUGCUUUCUGGGGUUGAUGGAAGUUGGAGUUCCUCAUCCAUGUUCUGAGGAACGAUCAUGCUCUGGAGCUAAGGAAACCCACACUUCGAAUGUGCAUACAGUGAUUGAAAAAUGCAUAUAUGGGCAAACCCCCAAAAGGGGUCGCUUUCCAGGUCAUUGUGCGUGUCAACCUGUCGUGUCCCCGCCUAGUUCCUCCCCCUUCUGGGGCCAAAAUUGGCGCACAUGUUGGCACAUUCGUGUGUCACUUGGACGCACACAAAAUGGCCGCCCGCUGUAAAUAGCUGGUUGAUUCAAGAGGGUGCACUUCCGAUAAUAAGGCUCUGUUGUCCAACGUGAAAGAUAUUUUUUGCCAUCAGACACAAAAUAUCUCUCCUGUGGGGAUGACAUGGAAGUACUUCCUAUGGAAGAUCAUAGAGACUCAAAAAAUAAAGCGGUUGACAGCGUUUGUUUGGUGCUUUUGGAAAGCAUGAGCAUGAUUUGAGAUUGUGCAAGUGCAGCACUCUUAAUGUUGUUUGUACAAGUGUUGCUUCGAGCUCCUUUUUAUGUGGAAAUACAACUGGCAUAUUCUAAAAAUAAACUGGCAGGCACUAGCUAAACCGAACUGAUGUGGAGUUUCAUUUCUUCAUUUUAAAAUGGAGGAAGAAAACGUGUUUGUAGAACCAUCAGCAACCAUUUGUGUACAGUGGUGCCCCGCAAGACGAAUGCCUCGGAAGACGAAAAACUCGCAAGACGAAAGGGUUUUGCGGUUUUUGAGGUGCUCGUAAGACGAAUUUCUCUAUGGGCUUGCUUCGCAAGAUGGAACGUCUUGCGAGUUUGUUUCCUUUUGAAGCGGGAACUGGGCUGGCAGGGAGCGAGCAGGGGAGCGACCUACCUUUUCCAGAGGGAUCCUCUUCUGGAGAGGGCACAGAGGAGGCAGGUGAGCUGGGAUCCAGCGGAUCUGGCUGGGUCUCUGUGCCGCCUCUGCCUCUGCCUCUCUCUCUCUCUCCCCCUCCCCACGUGGCUGCUCCAUUUUGCUCUAACUGCGCGAAGGCAGGAGGAGGCGGGACAAAGGAGGAGGAGGAGGAGGCAUCCACUGUGCUUGGGCGGCCGCGAAGGCGCCUUUGCGGGGGUGGGAAGAAGCCGGGAGCAGCUGCCGAGACUGUGGGGAGCCCGGCGGCGUGGCGCAAGGUAACGGGGGGAGCAAGGGAGAGUCCGCGCCGGGCGCUUCGUGGUCCGCCCUCGGUUCCUGGGCUCAAACUUCCUUUGGCACCUCAUGGAGAGAGAGGGAGAGGAGCGGGCUGGGGCUUUGAUGUGGGACGCGGUUUGGCGGAGCGAAGACGCGGCAAGGCUUGGCGACAGAGGAAGGGGGGCUGUUUUCGUGGGGAGGUGGGAGGGGGUGUCUUUGCCUCUUCCCGGCAACAGAUCCUCCAGGCUGGGGAAACUCCUCCUGCUGGGGAGCGACCCGCUUUGUGCUUUGCCCGCUAUCCCAUUAUAAUACAGUACCAGGGUGCAUCCGUGCUUCGCAAGACGAAAAAAUCCGCAAGACGAAGAAACUCGCAGAACGGAUUAAUUUCGUCUUGCGAGGCACCACUGUACUUGUAACUUAAAUCCAUGUUCCAUCACUAAAAUGUCAGCAAAGAUACUUGAUCCCAAUGGUAACUACAUUUUUGCAAGGCCAGGGGCUGUCUUCCUAACUUUGACAUUAUCUGAUAUAGUGCUGUGUUUGCAUUGUGCUGGAUUUGCAAUAAUAAUAAUAAUAAUAUAAUAUUUAUAUCCCACUCUCCCCAGCCAAAGCCGGGCUCAGAGUGGCUAACAACAAUAAAAGUAACACAGUUUACAUAAAAUCACAAUCAAUUAAUUGAAUUGCAUUCUAAAAUCAAUUCAUUCUAAAAUCAGUUCAAAAUCAAAUUUCCUCAAAAUGUAUUUCCUCUUUAAAUUGCAUUUAGUUUAUGCAUCUCAGUGACUUUUCUAUAUAUAUUCUGUUUUUGUUUUUCUAAGUCAUUUGCGAUCAUGUAAAAUGGACAUCUUGUUUUCAUUCUUUUCCCCCCAGGCAGAGUAAUUGUGGCUACCACCAAAGGGGUCUAUAUCUUGGUCCCACUACCUCUGGAAACACAGAUUCAGGAUCUUUUGGCCAGCCACAGAGUCGAAGAAGCAUUAGUCUUAGCAAAGGGAGCCCGAAGAAAUAUUCCGAAAGAGAAAUUUCAGGUCUGUUGGUAUUUUUUGAAGGCAUCUGGGCAUGUGAAGGCAGCAGAAUUGCAAGCAAGCUUUGAAAAGCUGGAAGGCUUAUUUCGAAGUAUCUAGAAACUGGAGCCAUUUACAUGCUGGUAUCGCAAGAGAGAGAGAGCGCCAUUCUUAGAGCUGCUUUCAGGAUGCCGUCUUUAAGCUAUGAGAUAUUAGGAAGCUGUAGCGCUUAGUUGGAUUGGGUGUGUUGAGAGUUAAGAUUGUUCCGUUUUCUGAGUGAUGAAUAUCCCUGUAAGCAUUUGCAACUGGAAUAAAAAGGCCGUGUGCCACCUUUUGAGCUGACUAACUUUAAUCUUAAACUAUUUCUUGUGAAAAAGCAAGUUUCAUUUACUUCAACAGAAGUAAAGAGCCAGUGUGGUGUAGUGGUUAGGAGCAGUGGACUCGUAAUCUGGGGAACCGGGUUCGCUUCCCCGCUCCUCCACAUGCAGCUGCUGGGUGACCUUGGGCCAGUCACACUUCUUUGAAGUCUCUCAGCCCCACUCACCUCACAGAGUGUUUGUUGUGGGGGAAGAAGGGAAAGGAGAAUGUUAGCCACUUUGAGACUCCUUCAGGUAGUGAUAAAGCGGGAUAUCAAAUCCAAACUCCUCCUCUUCUUCUUCAACAGAUCUUGCUUCCAGGCGGAAGUAGUAGUUUAGCAAGCAUAAAAGGUGGUGACAGGCAUUUGUGGAAUGUAAAUAUCCGUGUUCGUUGGCAUCAUUAUCUCUUUGUUGCAUCUCUGAGGGUGGGAGUGACUCGCAUAGGCACUGUGCUCAUAAGCAUUGGGCUAGGACCUGGGAGAUCAUGGUUCAAAUUCCCACUCAGCCAUGAAAUCCAUGGUUGACUCUGGGGCAGUUGGAAUAUUUCGGCCUAUCCUCCCUCGCAGGGGUGUUGUGAUGAUAAAACGGGGGAAGGAGAAGACACACAAUACCACCUCGAGCUCCUUGGAAGGCAAGGUGGGCUAUAAAUAAAAUUAAUUGAUUAGAUCUUCACUUAGCUAUUAUGCUGUACCAGCUCUCUGAAACAAUUUAGGCUUUCUUGGAUAUAGAAUCACUGUUCGAACUUUCUUGACCCAGCAGCCCUUCAUAAAGUCUGCCUAAGGGUGGGGGGCUUCACAGUCUCCCCACCCACUCACCUUCUCGUUUUGCCUUCAAAUCACAUUAGCUUGAACUCUCUUCAGAUGAAUAACUUGACUCUACUACCAGAGCUUAUUUAAAGUCCAUGGAUUCCCCCCACCCCGUGUAAUUUUGUAUUGCUUGAGGCUAGAUAAAUUUAAUUAAAUUACAGGAAAGUUUAGAAGACAAAUUAAAACAUCAGAUUCUUUUCACCCUAGAGCGUUAUUUCAUUAGCCACAGUUGAGUCCUCUUGUUUCAUCUCCUUUCGCUUUGUGCCAGCGCUCGUCUUCACAUGUUUUUGUAUAUUUAUUGCUGGUGCAUUUAUAUCUCAUCCUUCUUCCAAGGAGCUCGAGGCACCGUUAUGUGAUUCUCCACAGACACACAGACACCCUCUCACUCUGUCUCUCGCACAUACACACCCUUCUGUGCUUGCAGUGGUCCUGUGAGGUAGUUUAGUCUGAGAAUGAUUGCUCCAAGGUCCAGGUGCACCUCAGGAGAGUGCUUGGGAAAGGUUGCAAUAGGUCUAGAAUACACUAUGAGCUUGCCAGGUUUAGCUUCUGCUCAAAUCAGUGAAAGGAGGGAGCAGGUGCAAAUAGGUGCGCUACUUGUGGAUUUUGAAAACAUUGCAUCUCGAUUCAAAGUAGUUGGCUUGUAGACUGUUCUACUGCCACAUAACGCUUGCUGCGGGUAUGAAAACUGUUUGGAACAGUUUCCACAUCUGAGAGAGCAUGCAACCCAGUUGCAACUUGCACGUACAUGCAUUUUGCGGUGUGCACAUUACAUUGCUACUUUGCAUGCACACAAUCCACAUGUUCUUAUGCUGUUUCCUUCAUGGGAUUGAUCAGAUCUGUGGGAAUCUCAUUGACUUUGAAGUGCCUGUAGGCUCUCAGCUCAGACAUUGCUGGAGUCAUCUGAAGAAGUUUCUCAUGUGUGCUUCUUUCUCUGUUGUAACGGCACCCUUUCGCAGUCCCCCGAGGACUUGCCGGGAAGCUGAUAGCUAGAUAGCUAUGCUUCGUAGUCUCAGGAUGGACUUGCAGCCUUACCCAACUCUCUGAUUCUCCAUAUUGUGAAAGUCGUACAAAUUGCAUGCAGUUAUGAGCUUUAAAUCAAGUCAGAUUCUGGCUUAUUUCUCAUUUCAGCAUGGCACAACUAGUGUAUGAGCCACGCUAUUAAUUUUUUUCUUUCAUCGGUUUCCUAAACGGGUGGUAUUUUCCCCUCUUUGUUUCCCAUUUAGGUUAUGUACAAACGAAUCUUGCAGCAAGCGGGAUUUAUACAGUUUGCACAGCUUCAGUUCCUAGAAGCAAAAGAACUCUUCAGGUAAUCCCUCAUGUGGGGUGAAGAACACUUUUUGAGUGUUACUCGGCAACCGAUUGAAUCCUUGUGCUUGGGUUUAAAGGCUUCUGAGUUCUGAAAUAUUGUCAUGAGGCAGGACUGAAACACUUAGAAGGCAAAAGAUGUAGGAUCGCGGACCAAAGCAAAUUUGGGGUUGCUCUUUUUUCAUUCGGUAGUGGCUGAUGAGUGACAAAGCUCUCUGACGUUUUCCCAAGUCCUGCUGAUUAAAGGGCCAUGAGAUAGUGCUCGUUUGUUCUGCCCACAGGCCCCUGUCUUGCUUGCAUCUAGGCAACAGCUGAUGUACCAGGUUUGAUUUUGAAUCAGCUGAGUGUUUGCAACAAUUGCCUUGGCUUUCCCCUUAAUGUUGGUAUACGCAUUCUGACUGGUACUGUGUGUGUAUGCGUGCCGGCAAACUGCAUAGCUUCUGGGAACUGAGCUUUUUGGUUUGCUGUUGCACAUACAACAGAAGCGAUGGUAAAUGCGGAAAUAGAGUUCUGUUUGUAACGUAGCCUAGAUCUGAGAUUACCAACACAGCACCCACAGGCACCAUGACGCCCACUGCCUCUUGGGCACCCUCCAAAACCCCCUGCCGGCUACAAGCUUCUGCGCAUGCUCGUGACGUCAUUUUGACCGUCUGCGCAUGCGCGAGCGGCGAAACCUGGAAGUAACGCGCUCCGUUACUUCCGGGUCACCACGGAGCACAGCCCGAAAAUACUUAUCCUGAAGCAUAUUUAUCCCGAGGUAUGACUGUACCAAGCUAAGUGUCCUCUGUGUGUGUGUGUGUGUGUGUGUGUGUGUGUGUGCAUGCGCGCGCAUGCUCCUCUGUAUACUUUCCCCUUUCUUUUUGCUUCAUUUAGUUUGACACUGUAAUUGCAGAGGCGGCCAGCUGGACGUCCGGGAGCUGAUCUCUCUCUACCCCUUCCUGCUGCCUUCUUCCUCUUCCUUCAUGCGGACUCACCCUCCCCUCCACGAAUAUGCGGACUUGAACCAGCUGACACAGGGGGACCAGGAGAAGAUGGCCAAGUGCAAGCAGUUCCUCAUGAGCUACCUGAACGAAGUGCGCAGCACCGACGUGGCCAACGGCUACAAGGAGGACGUCGACACGGCCCUGCUCAAGCUCUACGCAGAGUCCGGUCACGAAAGCCUUCUAGAUCUGCUGGUCUCCGAGAAUUUCUGCCUUCUCGCGGAUAGCGCCGCGUGGUUGGAAAAGCACAAAAAGUAAGCCUCUGGGUGACAUUUCCUAACCCCCGGUAGAGCUCAAAGUGAAAGGAGAAUUGCCCAGUCACUACCCUAAUUAUUUUCUGGGUUUUUGUUUUUUUUAAACAUCUUUUAACUAGAUGCCCAUAUCCCAUUUUGAAUGAUGUGAGGCCUCCGGUGAGCAACUAAAUUUUCUCCAUAACCUUUUUUGAUUUAAAAAAUGCAAGCAGCAAAAUAGCGUUCUAAGUCCCCUAGUGCCAACUCCCGAGACUACCGUGUGUGUGUAAGAUUAUUUAAUAUUGUUUGUUGAAAAAAGGGAUUUUAGAGCGGCUUGCAAAAGAUGGUACCUGCCCUCAGGGUGUUGGUCCAAAAAGUCAUGGCACAUGAGGAAAAACGGAAUGGGAGGGAGGAGGGAAAAGCAAGCUCAGGCACCAUACACAUUCCCAGUGCUUUUUUUCUGGAGGUGCUCAAGGGUAUGCGGUACUGGCACCUGUUUUUCUCUCGAAGAAAAGCACUGGUUAAAAGUGUGGCAACUUCAUGGUGAGUCCUGGCACCAUUUUUUUUUCCAAAGAAAAGCACUGCACAUUCCUAAAAUAAACAUUUCUUCCUCAUAACCCCUAAGUGACUUCCCCUUUUUGCCUUUUAGCAUCAGCAUAGCUCGAAAAGAGAGCCUAACUUUCGAGAAAUGUUCCUUUUCUUCCGAAGGCUCUUGAGUCACCCACAUAAGAACUGUUAGCUGUUGUGUAACUGUGGCAUCCAAAUACAGUCGUGCUUGUUGCGUAACUGUAGGAGCCUGAAAUUCAUUGCUGAGCCCCACGGAGAGCCUCAAGGUCCAUAAAUAGCAACACCCUAGUGGUCCCAGCCCUAAGGAAGUCAGAUUAGCCUCAACCAGAGCCAGGGCCUUUUCAGCUCUGGCUCCGGCCUGGUGGAAUGCUCUGCCUCAUGAGACCAGGGCCCUGCAGGAUCUGAUUUCUUUCCGCAGGGCCUGUAAGACAGAGUUGUUCUGCCUGGCCUUUGGCUUGGAGCCAAUUUGAUUCCCUCCCCCUCUUUCUUUUUUCUUUUCCUUUCUCCUCCUGUGAUGAGGCUGCAUUUUAAUAUUUUAAUGUUUCAAUAUUUUAAUUGUUGUGUUUUAAUCUUGUUUUUAAGUUGUAUUCAUUCAACUUGUUUUUAUUAUUGCUUGUUAGCCACCCUGAGUCCGGCCUUGGCUGGGGAGGACGGGGUAUAAAUAAAAAUUAUUAUUAUUAUUGUUAUUAUGAGCAAGGGUUUGAAGGACCACCUAUGUCGAUCCUUCCCCCUGACUUGUUCCUGCUUCAGCUGAGAAGAGGGCAGAAGCCUAUUGGACUCUCUUCCAAGUGAACGUGAGAACAGGCUGAGGAAUCAGGCCAGUGGCCCACCUGGUCCUGGUGUGCGUGCUCUUCAGAUGCUGGCUGUGUUGUGUUCUGGAAUCAGGGCUACAACCUCACCCCAAAGUAGCAAAUAGGAGGGAGAAAUGCGACCUCCUUCACAUGUAAAGUGGGAAUAAAUAGACCCACUUCACAGAAACUUUGCAAGAAUUAAUCCAAUCCAAUCGGACUUUAUUACAUUCGCAAAUCAGCCUCAAUAAUUAAAUCAUUAAGCCCGUUUAUCACACAGAAUGCCAAAUAAUGAUUCUACUCAUUUGCCUUUUUUUUUAACAAUACUGCUUCUUACACAGGUUCUUCGCGCUCGGACUCCUGUAUCACGCAAACGGUCAAGAUGCAUCAGCGCUACAGGUUAGAGCGCAGCCAGGUCUCCAAGGAAAUCAAAGCAACACGUAAACCUUUCACGGCGAACCAAACCGUUUCAACUCAUGUUUCAGUUCCCGUUCUGGCCAUUAGGCAAUUGUCAUGCAUGUUCAUUCACUUAGAGCUAUUGUUGUUGCUCUCCAGGUAGAGAGCUGAGCUAAUGAAAGGGGAACAGAAUCCCUGGUGUCUCUGUGUUGCUCCCUUGUUCUGGUUACCUUUCAGCUCUUUUAGCAUAUCUGGGCAACAGGGUGGCGGCAGCCGGGUGGCAAUAUCAGUUGAAGGUCAGGCACGCUAUUCAGGUGGCUGGUCACCCACCAUCCCAGCCAGGUGUAUCAUCUAGUUGUCCCCUGGCUUCUGUCUCUAUUCCUUGUCCAGCUGUUCUGGACAUUUCUGUAGACAUUUCUGGUUUGCUUAUCUUGCAGCAGUAAAAACAAAGUGCUUAUUGUAUGAGGUUAAAACCACAAUAGCUCAUCUAAGAUCAGCUCAGGACAAGUCCCUCUUGCCUCUCUGCAGGUGGGGGAGGGUUCAUAAAUCAGUGUGAAAUAGUAGCUACCUAAUUUUAAUCCGCUUUGGAGCGCUUGUGGUCACCCUGAUAUCUUUGCACUUCCAGGCCAAAACAUUAGAAGCUGGGAGCAGGUUCACUUAUUAAGAACCGGGUAGAAUGCUGCCUGUGUUCUGUGAAUAAAAGGGGGUAGAGAGAUUUGUACAUACAGAAAGGAAGAAGGCAGCCAAUGAUUUGGAGUAUAGACGGGGAAGAUCACAUCGGGGAGAUGGCACAGCAUGGGUAAGCAUGCCCAGUUGUUGCCAGGAUGAUGGGCAGGGAAGGAUUUUGACAUGGGUCCCCUUUUUGGUGGCAGCCCUGUGUCGAAUGUUUACUUUUGCUCUAGGAGUCCAGCGCAGAGGCAAGGGGAAAGACCUGCACUUUGCACCCGUGCUCAGCUCCUGUUGGUGCUGUUACACAAGUCUUUGGCAUCGGUGUGCUAAGUCUGUUGGUUUGGGUAAAUUUAUAUUAACUAAGAGCCCAGAGAAAAAUAGCAGCUGGCUUUAUUGCCGUGGGAUUGAACCUGAACCUGAUUGUUUCAUGCUUCUUUUCGGCUUCAGUUAUGGGUGAAAAUUGUUAACGGUGACAUCCAGGACUCAACACGCACAGAUCUUUACGAGUAUAUAGUCGACUUCCUUACAUCCUGCGCAGACCAUGAAUUGGUGUGGAAGUAUGCAGAAUGGGUCCUGCAGCGAAGCGAAGAGGUUUGUGGCUGGGUAUUUGUGGGGUGAGGUUUUUGAAAUUGAAAUUGCUGUUGCUUGGGAUAUUUGAGUAUCAUAGACUCGUAGCAUUGGCAGGGACCCCAAGAGUCAUCUAGUCCAACCCCUAGGUAGGUGUGCCAUCCAUAUUGGUUGUCGAAACCUUCCAGGUCUAACAAAUCUGUAUUUCUUAAUGUCAUCCACUCCUGGAUCCAGGUGAGACGGGCCGCCUCAUGAUAUAAUUUCAAAUUAAAAAUAUAUUUUAAAGAGAGAGGCAGCAGCACAGCUGUGUGUCCCCACCAUUAAUCCUGUAUAAACUGAAUGUUGUGCAUUCCCUCCCUCAAACAUCCAUUGCUGCACCCUGCCAACUUGUGUCAUGUUUUCAUUGAUUUUAUUAGCACUAGAAAAGGUCAGAUAUUUUCAGUCCCUUUUAACAAGUAUGAGGCAACAGGAAUUGAUAACCUGGCACCAGAGACUUGUGUGUGGCUUCAGCCAUUUAUGUAAACUUGGCAAAUCUUAAUAUUUUUUUAAUGCAUCUUGCUUUAGGUUGGUGUGUACAUCUUCACUAGAAGACCCUUGGGAGAAGAACAGAAGAACAGCUUUAAUCCAGACGACGUCAUCAGCUGCCUUAACAAAUAUCCCGUAUCACUAGUAAAAUAUCUAGAGUUCUUGGUUCUAGAAAGAAGAGUGAAAGUAAGUGGCGAUAGUUGGAUCCGGUAGCAUAAAAACUGGUGUUCGUCUGUUGCGAUGUUCAGUUUAUGCCUGAAGCUCAGAAAUAAGUCCAGGUUGUUCCUUUAGUUCUCUAGAUUGCUGCAGGGCAACCAUGGUAACUUGAAGCUUUAAAACACCUCUAUUCCAUUCUGCUUGCUUAUUGAGACUCUAAGCAGGCCCAUUACCAAACUGGAUAAUUUAACACCAGGAGGUAAUUAUGGCACAAAGUACACCCAUAAGGUGACCCUUUUGCUUAUCUAUGGGAGCAACGGAAAAACAAGACUUAGCCUUUACAUUAUUUGCUCUUGGAAGCCCAGUUCUAUUUACUGUUGCAGCUUAAGCAGAGGAGGAAAUGCCUCCUAUAGAAUCCUGCUCCCUUCUCCGGCUGCUUUUGAGCAGCCCUAAAUGCCUGUGUGUCCUGUCCCCCGCCCCCAAUUCCGGAAAGGGGCUCUUAGUCAGCUUCUAAGGCAAAGAUACAAUGUCCCUCUGCACCAGGCAUAGGCAAAGUCGGCCCUCCAGAUGUUUUGGGACUACAACUCCCAUGAUCCCUAGCUAACAGGACCAGUGGUCAGGGAUGGUGGGAAUUGUAGUCCCAGAACAGCUGGAGGACCGAGUUUGCCUAUGCCUGUUCUACACUGAGAGGUCCAGUUCUGAGGGCCUUCUGGGGGUUCCCUCACUGCGAGAAUUGAAGUUACAGGGAACCAGGCAGAGGGCCUUCUCAGUAGUGGCGCCCGCCCUGUGGAACGCCCUCCCAUCAGAUGUCAAGGCAAUAAGCAACUGUCUUACUUUUAAAAGACAUCUGAAGGCAGCCCUGUUUAGGGAAGUUUUUUAAUGUUGUUGUUGUUAUUACAGUUCCCAUCAUCCCUGACCACUGGUCCUGCUAGCUAGGGCUGAUGGGAGUUGUAGUUCAAGACCCAAGUUUGGGAAACACUGCUUCACAUCAAGGAUGGGGAACCUCAGGCCCAGGGACCACAUGUGCCCCUCCUGACCUCUGUCUGACCUUCAAGACUCUUCCCACCCCCAGGCUGCAUCCCUCAUUGGUCCUUGCAAGUGCUUUUAAUUGGUUUGAUUCUUUCCUUAAAUUAUGGUGAUGCCUCUUGCUUGUCUGAUGGAGGGUGGGUGGGUGCCUGACUCUUCUCCUCCUGUAAAAAAAUAAAUAAUAGAAAUGCUUCAUUCAUUUUGCCUGCCCCCACCAAUCACUGCCAUGCGGCCCCUGGAAGGUUCCCCACAAGUAAAUGUGGCCUUUGGGCUGCAAAGGAUCCCCCACCCCUGCCCAAAUCUCCCUUGUCUGGUGAAGUGUUUUCUCUGGGGUUUUGGGUAUUCCAGCAUGACUGCUGUCUCCCAACUUCUCCUGCAGCAAUAGGGCAAAAGCUUCCUUAUCUCCUUCCACAUUCUAGAGUGUAGGAUCUCUAGAAUGUGGAAUUAGACUGUUAAAAAGAUGAGCUCCCCCCCCUCCUUUUUUCUCUUUUUUUAAAAGCCAGUCAGUGGGUGGUUAGGAAGAAGUAAUUCCAAGAUUAGAAAUUUUUGCAUAACUUCAAAUGCUUUAGAAGCACGAUUUUAUAUAAUAAUUGUUUUACCGAAAGCGAGAAGGACUCUGGGCUUAGGUGAGCCCGCUGAAUUCGAAUGGGUGAGAUGCAAAUGGGAGGAAAGAGUGACAAAAUUGUGAUAAGGUAAAAGUGGCAUGUGAAUUAAUAGAUAAUAGGAUUCGUGCUCCUUGAGUUAUUGCUAAUGGUGAUCAUAUUUUGAAAGGCAAAUGAAUUCUUUCUAUUUAAGUGCUGCUCUGGAACUCCUUUGCUCUUGCAACGCACGUGGAAUUUCAAACUUCUGAAUUUGUCAGAACACAGGUGCCCAGUCCUUUUGAAAUGGUUUUGUUUUCUUUUUAACCAUUUUGUUGUUUUUGAAAAAUUCAAAAUACUCUAACAUUAAUACUCCAACAUUAAUAAAGCUACUUAUGGAGACAGUCUUGGAAUUAAAAUAUUGUCUUUUAUGCUGGCAGAAGGAAAAAUUCCACACCCAUCUGGCAGUCCUUUACCUGGAGGAAGUCCUGUGUCUGAAAUCACUGGCUGCAGAGAAGAGUGAGGAAUUGAGCAAAUCGCAGGCGAAGCUACGCAGUCUUCUGCAGAAAUCUGACCUUUAUAGAAUUCGUUUUAUUUUAGGUAAGAGAACUGAAAUUGUAUUUUAUAUGCUUCUGAUGAAGGGUGUGUUGUUGUUUUUUUAACCAGCUACACAGGCAGAGAAAAGGAAAAGGACAUUUGAAUUGCACAAGGGUGAUUUGAACUCAAGUUGUCUGAGGGAUAACGUUAAAUGCUUUGUGUUGAUGUCGGUUCCUGUUGCAUCAUUACAGUGUCAGGAUAACUCGGGCCUAGUUCAGUUUGCUAUGGGAUCCAGGAGCAGCUCCCUGCAAUUCAGUGCAUUCCAGAAUUUGAUGCAGGCUGAUUGCCACAAUCCUUCCACUAUAACUUUCUGAAGUGAGGGAUCCUGGGCAACUGGACAUAGCCCAUAUUAGGUCAUUUUGGCAUGUGUGUGGGUCUGUGCCCCGCUCCAGUAUGGCAACAAAUGAACCCAGCCAGCAACGUGUGAAUUCUAAGAAGUGGCUUUAGUGGCAUAAGAACAUAGGUCUUUUAAACUGUGUGUUUAAUGCUGCGUUAAAUACAACCGCACUGCCAAAAAUAAGGUAAAUAUCAGCAGGGAUCCCAGUAGCAGGCUUGCACGAGGGUCUUCCCCGGGGCUCUGCUUUCUGCUGCAUUUCCAAAAAGCUGUCUCUGAGAACUGGGGGAAUCCUGCAGAGUGAUGAGUAAAACAGCUGUGUUAGGUGGGAAGCCAGCCCUGUGUCGGAAAGGGAAUGUCUUCUGUUCGCGAAUGAGACUUAUUUCCAUCCUGCUCAUUGUAUUCAGAAACAUAACGAUGAGCCUAGAAUUCUACACGUAACUGCCCUGUGUUGGGAGGGAAUUUUUGUUCUUGGUUUUAUCAUUCUGCUUGCUCGUUUUCCGUUGUUCUUUUAAGACAGCUAGCUUUUCUGAGGAAUAUAGCUUUCUCUUGCACUCUAACAAGGCCUCUGCUUAAAACGUUACAUUCGGCAGAUAAAAUCAGCGGCACAGAUCUUCACAUGGAGUGUGCGAUACUCUUUGGGAAACUGGAACAGCAUGACAAAGCUUUGCAUAUCCUGGUCCACGAACUGAAGGACUUUGCUGCCGCGGAGGAGUACUGCGUGUGGAAUUCGGAGAGCAAAGACCUUCCUUACAGAAAGAAGCUUUUCCACAUGCUCCUUUCGGAGUAUCUAAAUUCCAGCACAUCGGAGCACCAACUGGCCAUGGCAGCUGUAGACCUCCUAAACAACCACGCGGCCGAGUUUGACGCAGCCUGUGUUUUGCAGCUCAUACCGGACACCUGGUCGGUGCAGCUCCUCUCCUCGUUUCUCUGCGGCUCCAUGCGGGAAAGCAUCCAUGCACAAAGAAUGACGCAGAUCGCACUGGGCUUAGCAAAAGCGGAGAACCUCACUUACACGCACGAGAAGGUGAGUACAGUGGACCCUCCAGAUAUGAAUUAAAUUCAUUCUGGGGGUCUUUCCGCAACCCGAAAAGUCCGUAGGCAGAGGCGUCACUUCUGCGCAUGCACGAGGUGUGCAGAGCGCUUCAGCACAUGCGCACGUGGCGAAACCUGGAAGUAUUUGCCACGUUUAAAUAAUAAUAAUAAUUUUUAUUUAUACCCCGCCCUCCCUAGCCAAGGCCAGGCUCAGGGCAGCUAACAAGCAAUAAUAAAAACAAGUUGACUGAACACAACUUAAAAACAAGAUUAAAAUACAACAUUAAAAUAUUGAAACAUUAAAAUAUUAAAAUGCAGCCUCAUCACAGGAGGAGAAAGGAAAAAGAAAGAGGAGGAGGGAAUCAAAUUGGCUCCCUUAGGAAGCUGCCUCCCCGUGCCCUUGCACUAAAAUGGUUUUGCCACAUUCGUAACCUGAAAGUUACGUAUCCAGAGUGGUACGUAACUAGAGGGUCCACUGUAUGCCAAUUUUGCUGUUAUCAACGUGGCAAAACCAGGGCACGGGGAGGCACCUUCCUAAGGCAGGCUUUCAGCUGUUUCAGAAGGUAAUAAGCCACGGGAAAGAGGCAAGCCUUCAUAGACAUGCUGCAAGGAGCCCUCGACAUUGGGGUGGGGAACCUGCGGUCCUCCAGGUGUUGUUUAACUGCAGCUCUCAUCAUCUCUGCCUAUUGGCCAGGCUGGUUGUAGCUGAUGGGAAUUUCAAGUUCAGCAGGAUCAAGAAGGUAUGAGAUUGGCUACCUCUGCUGUACACACACACACAGAACCGGUGCGAUGGAUGUUCUUCCAAAGCUGCCCUGGGAGAAGGAAGCAGAGUUGGGAACAGGGGAGUAUUUGCAUCUUUACCAGAAUUUAAUAUAUAAAAUAGUAAACUAUAAGCCCUACCACCACCUUCCAUAGACCAUUUUUGUCUCAUAAAGUUGAUACACUGCUUGACUGUAAAAGCAAGCAAAUCUCAAAGCAGUUUUAAAAACAAACAGAGCAAUAGAAUUAUCAUUAAAACGACUAUUUAAAUGUUCUUAAAAAAUUUAAAUUGGUGAUCAAAAGCAUAUUAAAGCACACGUCUACGUGCUAUAUAUGGAAUUUUGCAUUUAUGUACAGAUGAACUACAUAGCUGCACCCCUAAAGAGCUUUUUAAUACCCCUUACUGUCAGGGCUUCCAGAAAGAAACUUUGGAAUUGUAGCUUGAUUAGUUUACCAAAAAGCAUGUCAGGGAAUGAUCAUUGCACCAAUUCUAGUAGAUGGCAUAUGCCACCAGUGAAGUACGCAGAGGGUCGCACUCAGCUAAGUCCAACUCACGAGUAGCACCCUUUGAAAUUAAUGAACCUAAAUGACUCCUGUCCAUUCACUUCAAUGGGUCCACUCUAGCACUGAAUACCAUUCAGAGUAGCAAUAGUCUCUGUGACAAAAUGGCAGCCUCUUAAGCACCCUCAUCAGUUCAUGUUUUCAGCGGCUCUUUGGCUUGUUUCUCCCGCUUUGCAGGUGAAGCUAAAAGGGAUCGCAACGGUUCUCUCGGACAGAAAGGUCUGCCAGAUGUGUCAAAGCCCUUUCAGCGAGCCUGCGUUCGUCAGGUACCCAAACGGCGGCGUGGUCCACACGCACUGCGCUGCGAACCGACACGUGAAUUCCAGCACAAACCACCAUCUCUCCAGCCCCAGCGGACGGACAUGAAAUAUGCCCAAGGUAGUGCCAGAUGCUGCGUUGGUUAACUCCUUGGAGUAACCGAAGGAGACUCUGCUGGGCAAAAGAACAAAAAUAUGUCGAGGAGAGAGGAGUUUGCCCUGGGGUUGAUGGAGGAGGACUUUUGGUCAAACACGGCCUCUGAAACUGCUGAUCUCUUAUGAAUGUAGGCAGCACAAGAAAUUGCAGGUGUUUAUAUAACGAACAAAUACUUUCCUCACGGUAAGGGUGCUGGGGAGGGGGUAGGGAACGGAAAAGCUUUUAAAAAUACAUAUACCUAUAUUAAAACGUGCACUGAAUUCGGUGAUCAACUGGUCUUGGAAGGAGAGGGGCUGAUGAGCAAAAACAUCUCUUCCCCAGAAAACCGAUUCUGUCUCUUGAAUUCUCUUGAAUAAGUGGCAUGAAGGAGCACUUUUCUCUUGAGAGUAGAGCAUAGCCUGCAUUAUGUUCUCUGCCGGGUCUAAAUUUUGCCUGCCAGGACAGCGUCAUGAACUUGUUCUGUGCUCUUGAUACUGUUUUUUUGUAAAAAAAACAAAAACGAUUUGUUGCACUUUUGAGCCUUUGUCCUUUAUUCUCUGCCAUGCAAGUCCAUUUGUUACAAAACCUAUUGGAAGCGCUAGGACCCCAUGGGAGCUCCUGCUCAAAUGGGGAGGGAAUGAGAGGAGGCAUGAUGACAGGAUCACCAUGCUGUGAAAAAGCCACUGUUUCUGACACUAAUUGCAGCGAAACCACCAGGGUCUGCCACCUGGAUUCAUAAACCAUCGACCGGAGGUGGGUGUGGGUAGGUGGGUGGGAAGGAAGAGUCUUUAAUAACUGUAACGACUUAUUUAUUAUCAUACAGAUGUUCUGUAAAUACAGUUGAAUGAAAUGGUUUUUAUAUCGGCGUUCCUCUAGAGCAAACACAUGUAACUGGUAAUUCCAGGUAUAGCUUUUGAAGAGUCUACACCUGAGGUUGUGUGAAGAAACAAUCUGCGGUUCUGAGCUCCUUUGCAAGAAUGGGUUCAUUCAAAGGGAUUAAGGGAUGCAGUCACCCCAACGUCCGUGGUUGCAUCGCGAUGGUGCGCAGUAAGCCUGAUAACACUUAAUAAAUGCUCUGUGGAUACGGAAGUAUAGCGUGCCAAACUUUUUUUUUGGAAAAGACACCACUGUGUGUAGGUAAUGUGCUGUUUUACUACGUUAUUUGUACAUACAAACAUACACAUCCAUCUGUGUUGCUCUGUGUCACUCCUAACACAGUGGUACCUCGGGUUAAGUACUUAAUUCAUUCCGGAGGUCCGUUCUUAACCUGAAACUGUUCUUAACCUGAAGCACCACUUUAGCUAAUGGGGGGGCCUCAUGCUGCCGCUGCGCUGCUGGAGCACAAUUUCUGUUCUCAACCUGAAGCAAAGUUCUUAACCCGAGGUACUAUUUCUGGGUUAGCGGAGUCUGUAACCUGAAGCGUAUGUAACCCGCGGUACCACUGUAUUCAGUUUAAAAGAUUGGAAAAGCAGUGCUUCCUCUUUGAGUGAAACCUUUACAUUUAUUUUGGGGAGGCUGUGUUAUUCCUCCAGAAAACCCAAAGCAAGCUUUGGUUGCUUCUCUGCACCUUAUAAUGCAGGUGUGAUGCAGAUGAACAACUCCCUUCGUCCCCUGCUCUUUCGGACUGAUGGUGGGGGUGGGGAACAGUUCAGCAGUAUCAGGAGGGUCAAAGGUCCCUCACACCUGAGGCAAAAGUCCUUGGAACGAAAAUGGGCAAAGAGUGGCUGCAGAGUUGCAUCGGUGCACCAUGAAUGUUUCAAGAGGUUUCUCCUCCCAGAAGGCUCGGUCAACUCUUGUGCUUAGUUAGUGACUGAAUAGAACCAAUUGUUUAAAGCAGGGUUUCCCAAACUUGGGUCUCCAGCUGCUUUUGGACUAUAAUUCCCACCAUCGCUGACCACUGGUCCUGCUAGCUAGGGAUGAUGGGAGUUGUAGACUUAAGGGUCAGACUAGGUGCGCCAUUAUUUAUCAUGGCAUUUGUGUGGCUGCCUAAUAACCUCCUACGACCAGCAAACAAGCAGGAAACUAUAAAAAGACCAUUUAAAACAUUAAUAAAUAAAUACAGAAACAAUCGCAGCCAAAAAUUAUAUAUUGGAGAACUAGUUUUCACAUCGUGAACAAGAUACAUGACAUAAAACAAUGGAUUAUAGCUGAGAGGUUAAAAUCACAAAGGGUGUAAGAGAAUUAAACAUCCUCCUGGCACCCAAAAGUGCCAGAUGAGCCUCUCAGGUAAGGGUAUUCCACAACUGCAGUGCCAUUCCUGAGAGGUCCUCUCUCCAGUGGCCAUUGGAAACUUUGUUCACGAAACUGAUGGUGGGUGGUGGUCCUUCAUCAGUAUAGCAGCCAGGGGGUUGGGCUCAUCUCCCGCAGCCUCUGUGGUCCCAAAACUGAUCUCUCUCUCUCUCUCUCUCUCUCUCUCUCUCUCUCUCUCUCUCUCUCUCUUUCUCAUAUACUGUUAUUUUCAAGAGAAUAAACCUAGAAAGAACAAAAUGCGAUCUUGCAUUUAACAGCACAUUCAUAACCUGGGCUGUUCCAUGAAAUUAAGUGUUUUAAAUCACAACCCGCUUUUGCUAGAUUGUGCAAAAUGAUAGAUAAAACACAAGGAAAGAUUUCUGCCUCAUUGUGUUUUGUCGGGCUUCACACUGCCGAUUUGUUGCCAUGUGUUGCUCUUCGCAGGACAAACCUAAAUAACAUAAUGGGGAGUCAUGGAGCUAAAAUCCGAUACCGAUUAUUUCACUGUGUGCGCUUGGCUGUUGGUGAUGCUUUUUCCUAAAUAGAAGAAAAUACAGGCAGUAUAUUUUAUUUGGCAGUGUAUUUGGUUAGACUACAACACUUGUUUAACCUGACAAUGAGACUAGUGUGGGAAGUGCUUCAAUUUAAUGGAUAACAAGAACAAAACUCCCUAAGUUUUCUGGGUUACAAUCAACACAUUAAAGAAAACAGCAUGGUGCUGUGAGGGCAGUGACGGAAGAUACAAGCUGCUUAGUAUUAUUUUUUUUGCGGUUCCUAAACUGCGGAUUGGUGCUCGCUACAGACAUAUAUUGUGCUUGGCCUUAUUCUCCGUUUUGUUCGUCCAGGCACUUUGGGGAAGAUCUUGAAUGUUUUUGGCAUGAACUCCAGACAGGCCUCGCGGAACUUCUUGAUCCUCCAACAAUAGAUGACAGGGUUGAAUACGGAUUUGAGGUAACUCAGCCACAACACACAGGUACUGGUGAUGUAGAAAGACGGGCUGUAGUAGAAACUUCUGCUAAACACAGACAUCAGGCUAAACACCGUGUGCGGAAGCCAGCACAGAGAGAAGCCGACGAAAAGGAUGAGGAUAGUCGUGAAGGCCCUGGUCUUGAAGCUCAUGUCGACGUUCACCUGGUGAGGCUUCUGCAGCCCGGUGAGGCCUAGUUUGCUCCCCUGACUCAAGCAGACGCUCUCGGCGUGGUUGUGGAUUCUGACGGUGUUGCGACGGACAGUGUUCAGGAUGCAGAGGUAAGAGUACAGCAUGAUGCUGAACGGGACGAAGAAUGCAGUCACAAGAAGCAUCACGGCGUAGGCUCGGUCUGCAGGGCAUUCUGUGUAGCCCAGGACACACUGAGGAGCGCGGCUCGGGACUUCUAUGAACAUCCACCCAACCACCGAAGGGAAAGAGAUGCAGAAGGAAAAGGCCCAAGAAACCGCAAUCAUGACUUUGGCGCGCUGGGGGUUGAGUUUGUCUUGGCGCUGGACGAUGAUGAGGAAUCGGUCGACGCUAAUGAUCAAGAGUAUCGAGACGCCUUCCAAGACGAAGAACCAGUACAGCAUGGCAGAUAUUCGGCAGAAGCGAGCCCCAAAGUUCCAGCUCACCGUCAGAAUAGUGACGGCGGUGAAAGGCAUGCAGAACAACGACAGCAUGAUAUCCGAGAAAGCCAAGGUAGCUAAAAGCAGGUUGAUCGCCGAACGCAUGGCUGGUUUCUGGUAGACGAUCAGGCAGACGACAGCAUUGCCCAAAAAUCCAACAGCAAUCAUGAAUAGCAUGAUAAUGGCCAGCAGUAUCCUGAGCGGGGUAGGGAGCACUGUGUAACUGGGGUCUGUGAGCCAGCUGCUUACAUUCAGAGCGACAACGAAGUCUGCAGGAGUCUGGUUGCAUGCCAUCACAGUGCAAAACACCGGCAUCCGAGAUGCCAAACUCUCUUCCUGCUAACUCAAUGGCGGCUGCCAUUUUCCCAUCUUAUCAGCCAUACAAACUCAAAGCAGGUGUUAGUCUGUGGCUAAGUCAGUCUGAAAAAAUGUUUCUUCAGCAAGCGUUGGCAAAGCAGAUUGCAGCAAUUUUAAAGAAGCAUGGGCUUCUGCAGCUCCCAAAUAGAGCCAGUGUGGUGUAGUGGUUAAGAGCGGUAGUCUCGUAAUCUGGGGAACCGGGUUCGAUUCCCCGCUCCUCCACAUGCAGCUGCUGGGUGACCUUGGGCCAGUCACACUUCUUUGAAGUCUCUCAGCCCUACUCACCUCACAGAGUGUUUGUUGUGGGGGAGGAAGGGAAAGGAGAAUGUUAGCCACUUUGAGACUCCUGAAGGGGAGUGAAAGGCGGGAUAUCAAAUCCAAACUCUUCUUCUUCUUCUUCUAGAAGCGUGGCCAUUAUCAAGUGUGUAUCUUCAGAGAGACGUGGCUCUGGAAAAUCAGAAAAAAGAAAUAUGGUGGUAACUCAUCUAUUGGUUUUUUAGUAAUAUGUCUACAUUGAUGGUUUCCUUUCCAUUGAAAAAGUAUGGGCAAGGUACUGAAUACUCAGUACAGUGGUACCUCGGGUUAAGUACUUAAUUCGUUCCGGAGGUCCGUUCUUAACCCGAAACUGUUCUUAACCUGAAGCACCACUUUAGCUAAUGGGGACGCCUGCUGCUGCCACGCCGUCGCUGUGUGAUUUCUGUUCUCAUCCUGAAGCAAAGUUCUUAACCCGAGGUACUAUUUCUGGGUUAGCAGAGUCUGUAACCUGAAGUGUAUGUAACCUGAAGCGUAUGUAACCCAAGGUACCACUGUAUCAUACAACAAAGUGCCACUUCUUGGUUUACAACAGCUAACUUCUAUAUUAAAACUUACAUUUAGAUCUUUU